CGCCUCCGCUCUGUCAACACACUUUGUCUCGGAGUACUCUCAGUCGGGUUUGAAAUUAGAAGUAGGAUCAGAUCAAUGAUGUGGACAGAAAGGCAGAGCCACCAGCUCUUAGACGUACCCAAUAAUGUCAGACAGAGUGCAUCGUUUUGAAGGUGCAGUUCGUGACCAAUGAGAAGGUUCUCGUCUUCCCAUGGGAAAACAUCCUGACUGGCGAAUGCUCGGUGCCAUACAGGAGCCUCCUGUGAACACAGGCAUGAGCAAUUCAACACUGCUCAACAGGCAUUAGUAAUCAAACAAUGCUCAUCUCCCACUUGACCCUCAUCCCAAGGCUAAACCAACAAGUGUUUUUGUAUUUAUGUGUGAGUGUGUGUGUGUGCAUGCCAGAUGCACUCUCCCCUCCUCAGAGCAUAAAUGUGGAAUUCCUUGACUUCACUGGUCGUGUGCGCUGGUUGCCGGGCCCAGGUAACCCUAGCGACACAAACUACACUGCCCAGCUCAAAGCGGUUGAAUGGGAAAAGGUUUGGCGUGACCUGAGAGGGUGCAAUCAUACCGUCGCCACCGAGUGUUCUCUGGACAUCCCGCUCACAUCAAACCUCCACGCUCACUACCUUGUCCGAGUUAGAGCUGAGAGAUGGGGGGAAACGUCGCACUGGAAGACUCUGAACCGAACUGUCCAGCCCUACGGAGACAGUCUGCUCAGUGCUCCCACUAUGGAUGUAAUGGUGGAGAAUCAGAGUGUGCAUGUGUCUCUGAACCACCGACAGACUGUUCUCCCCAGCCUUACGUACAUCCUCACACUGCGUGAUGGGUCGGGAGGCCACAUUACCACAGUGGAGACCUCGUCACAUCGAGAGUUUCCCAAACUCCUUCCUAACCACUCCUACUGCCUCUCGGCCUCAGCGAGACACCAGUUACUUCACCACAAGACCGCGGAGAGAUGCUUCGACCUGCCACCACGCCAAGACUUUGGGAAGUACGUGGUCGUGGCUGUGGGACUGUUUGGGCUGCUCGUUGCGCUGAUUGGACUGAUCGCAGUCACAUGGAGCUGCCAGGAGAAUGAAGACCACACCCCCAUCAUACGGCAUAUCAGGGAAUCCUCCACGCAGUGCUUGCUAAUCCCAGAGAAUGUGCAUUGUGAGCGCCAACAUUGGAGGAGACAGCUGGAUGAGGAGGUGGACAUCUACAUAUUCAGAUUAGGCGUAGCCGGGGCAGACCCAGGUCCCUGGUUGAUCCCUGGCAACCAGGGUACCAACCAGGGUACCAACCAGGGUACCAACCAGGGUACCAACCAGGGGUCAGGACCUCCCUCCCCGGCCAUAUCCGUCAACCCAAGCUGCCUCUCUGACUACACCUCCGCCUUGGAUGACCUGGAGUGUGACCUCGAUUCAGACACGCUGACACCUGAGGGAUCUGCAGGCCCAACGGAAGACACCCAGCCCCCACAGGGCCUAGACACGGAGGGGGAGAGCGACCAGGGGAGAGUAACUGACACCGGAGUGACCGACUCAGACAGGACAACAGGUCAUGGAGUAACAAUCCAGUGGGGAGAGAUAGACAGCAGGGUCACAGAUGGAGGUGCAAGCUCGGACAGCGAGGGAGGCUGGGACGGGGCUGUGCAGGAUAUGGCCCCAGGUCACUCUCCUGUCCCCUGGGAGGCGGAGUUAGAGAUGGAGGCGGAGUCUUUGGUGGUGGUCCGCUCGGAGUACGAGUCGCACUGGAUGCCUUGAUCCCCCCCCUUUCCCGUGGUGUCCAGUAAUCUUGAGACCUAAACCUGGCUCAUUACUCUUUUUUGGGGGAUUGUUUUGUUCAUAAUAUGUGGUCCAUACAGGGAUGCCACACAGUGGUCAGGGGUCAGGAUUAAUAAUGAUCUAAUCAUGUAUUUUUUAUUUGAUUUUUCCCUAUCCUGCCGGACCAUUCAAAUAUGGGCAUUAAAAUGCCCAAUGGUUCCCGCCUUAAUAUCUUUGCUGUCCAAUCACCGAUUUUAUUUCUGAAAACUGCCAGAUACUCAUGACAAGUUAAGCUCAAAAUACAUAUCAUUGGUUAAGGGGUUACUGGGAGGGGAAAAUAAAUGUAUCGUCAGCAACGGCAGCCAUUGUUUUUCGAGGCGGAGCCAGAGCGAAGACCAUGGGAGAUUGCCUACAGUGUUAGAUUUACAGCUUCGAAUUGAAAUCGGAGACGAUAUUCUGAGUAAAGACAAGUUUCUUAAUAUGUGUUGUCAAUAUUGUCAAUUAAAAGACUAAACUUUUUACUUACGAAGAAUUUGUUUGUGGGAGUGACGCGAGUUUUUUCAGGAAAGAAUUGCCUGUCCUGCCAGCAGUUAUGACGGUAGUAGCACUGUUUAGCCUCGAUUUGAGCAGAUUUCUAAAAAACUUAACUAACAACAUUAACUAGCUAGAUUAUAUACUCUGUAAGAUAAAUGUAAAUGCCUUGUUUGGCCAAUUCGGUCGUUUUGUUUGGGUGAGGGUGAGCGCGUGUGGGUGAGCGUGUGUGGGUGUGCGCGUGUGGGUGUGCGCGUGUGGGUGAGCCCGUGUGGGUGAGCGUGUGGCUCAUUACUCUUUUUUGGGGAUUGUUUUGUUCAUAAUAUGUGGUCCAUACAGGGAUGCCACACAGUGGUCAGGGGUCAGGAUUAAUAAUGAUCUAAUCAUGUAUUUUUUAUUUGAUUUUUGCUUAAUGUUUUUCAUCGUUUCGUGACCUCCUCCCUUACUAAAAAGAAGUAUAUUAAAGUAUACUAAAGUAUGGAUAGUAAACUGAAACCGCAAACUGAAAGUAUGAUUUUGUCGCUAACAGUUAUUAGCAAUGCUAACGUCUCCUGUAUCUAGCAUAGGUAGAAUGUGUGAUGAUUUAGUUUAUUGGCAAUGGGGCGGACGUUAUUUCAUUUUCCUAACUGUGUUUCAUUCGACUAAAUAAUCUGUGUUGUCAUGUAAAUCUACAAUUCACGAUGCCUGUCUGUCUAUGUUGCGUCUUUCCACCGCAGCUUCGCUCGUUGUAAACCAACCAAUCAGCGCGCAGCUCAUCUAAAUAUUCAUGAGCAUGCCAUAAAGGGAGAAAACCUCUCGUUUCAUUCUAGGGCUAUUUCACAGGGUUGCAUUAGGGUGCAUAGAACAGCACCCGGGCCAUUUUCAUCCCAACCAAUGUUACAUAGCCUACCCUAUUCGUAGACCUUAAGGAACUGUGUGACAUACCCUGUAAAAUCAGUAUAUGACCCCUAAUGAAUACAAUGUCCAAUUAGUCAGAUCAAAGGGCAUUGUUUUGGUUGUUCGGCCCACUUAAAAACCCUUACAGUACAUGCUCAGGUUGGAUCAGGAUAUGGCGUAGCCAUUGAUGGAUAAGCUUUCAAUGUGUGAAACCGUGUAGUAUGAAGGUGCGAUAUGUAGGAUAUUUUAUUGGACUGUACAUGGUACUUUUUAUGUAUGCUAUUAAAAAUGGCUGCUUCAUU